UAAAGAGAGGGUAGGGAGCAAAAAAGCUGUGUGUCAGUGUGGCGUGCGAUUCAUAGCAAUAGCAAAUUUUGGGCUGUCUUUAAUUUUUGCUCACUGGAUUACAACUCCCCAUUCUCAAAGUAUUGGAAGAAAAAAAAAGUGUGCAUUUUCCUAUGUAAUAUCAAAGCGAAAUCAGAUUGGGUUACUCCAUUUAGAGAAAAACUUGUUAGUGGAAAAGAAAAGGCAGAGAAUUUAACGAGGCAAAUAAAUAUCCAAUGGGUUUUGUUUGCCUUUAAGUUUGUCUUUGUUACGAAAAAGAAAAAGGGGAAAACUCUGUUUAGAUAAAGUUGUCAAGCUAGUUCUGGUAAAACUGGUAAGCACAUAACUGCAAGAUUUUAGCUUUUUGGGCUUAAUUUGGUUGGUGGUUUUGUACUACUUCGUUUGGCUUCGGAGAAUCCAAAACAACCCUCCAAGUUUGUUUUCUUGAGGUGCUGUAGUAGACAACAGGGUAGUGUAUAUCAGUAUAUCAUCCAGAGUUGUUUCAGACUUUGUUUUUUUUUGCUUUAAGACUUUAUUAGUUGGUUUGUGUGCAUAGAAAUGUUGUUUUUGGUGUACAACUUGUUCAUGUGGGUUUUGUACUGGCUAUGAUAUUCUUACUGUCUGAUUCUUCCCCACAAAGAAAAGGUUAAAAUAAAAGGGAAGAAAAUUGUGCUUGAAUUGUUUUUGUCCACCUUCACUUUCUCCUCCCCCACAUGGAUUUGUUAUGUGUAUCUGAGUUUAUACUAUUAAGGGUGUCUUAUGUUUCUACAUUUUGGUUCAUGUAAAUAGUAAGUCUUGCAUUUGGUUGGAUUUUGACAUGGAGAGUUGCUUUUGGGUUGUGUCUGUAGAAUUACAAGUCCAAAUAUGAUCCAUUCAUUCGAGUUUAACUUUUUGAUUCUUGCAUGAUUAUUCAAACAUGUGACAGAAUUAUGACUAUCAGAAUCUUCAUAUUAUUAUCUGGAAAAAGGUUUUAUACUUGUGCGUGUAAUCUUCAAGAUCGAUUCUUUCAAAGUUUUUUGCCGCAGAAUUUGUUGUCCCAGUGAAUCGUGAUACUCGCAAAAUGUUGUGAUCUUCUGAUAUAACCAGUGAAAUUUCCAUAAAGAUAGAUGCUUUUUGUCUACAGUUUUAGUGGAUUUCGUCAACUGAUAUCGAGAUGCUGUUUUCGGUUGCAGGGCACCUCCUCCAAACCCCCAGAUGAACUAAAAACUUAAUUAAAAUCAAACCAUUCACCACCAGAUGUUGUUAUUAGAUUAAAAAGAUUGCAACUUUGACAACCCAUACUGGGCAUUUGGGAUUUUCUUGGUGUACUGAAUCUUUUAAAGUUUUGGACCAAGCAUUUAAUACUAGUAUAUGUAGUUCAGUUAUCAUUAAGAGAAAAAAAAAAAAUCAAUUGAGAGAGAACAGACUAAAAAGAGGACUAAAGAGAAAGAGAAAGAAAAAAAAAAAAAAGAUGGUGGAUUGGAGUCAGAGCAGUGAUGGUGGGGGAGUGUUUUCUCUGGUUUUUGAGAAUAAAUUAGUGUUGAGAAUCUGUUGGUUAUGUCUCCUGAGCUGACUGGGUGCGCCCGGGGUCCGUGGGCUUUGCCGCCGACCAAGGAAACAACCUCUUUCCUUCUGGCUCUCUUCCCAUUCAAGUGAACUAUUUCUUUAACCUCAAGCCAUUUUCUUUUUUUCUUUCCUCACUUCCCACAAAGCCACUUAAACCUCUCUUCUUCCUCUCUUUAAAAGUCUUAAAGCCUCUUCCUUUUUCUCUCUCUCCUUCUUCCUCUCUCACAUUGCCUGAAAGGAAAAGAAUUUUUAUUUUUUUUUUUCAUUUUUACUGUUUAGAUUCGGUCAUACGAGAAGCAUAUAUCCUUCUUCUUCCCUUUUGUUUGAGAUCCCAUUGCCCUUUUUAUUUUUUUUCCAUCUCUUGAAGUUGUGAAAUUUUUUUCUUGGUCAUUUUCAGACAUUUGGUCCCCACUUCAUUAGCCCAUGUUAUUUCCCUUUGUGGGAUUCUUUUUUCCUCGAACUUGGGCCAUGCUUGGUGGCAGUUGGGGAUGAACACAAGGUAUUUAACCCUGCAGUCAUCUGUCCAAAAGUCUUUAGAAGCUUAGUUUGUUUAUAUUUUGUUCCUUUAAGAAGUCAAGAGGAAGAGAAGCAGAUCUUUUAAUAGCAGAGAUGAAGUUUAUGAAACUUGGAUCCAAACCGGACUCUUUUCAGACUGAUGGCAACAAUGUCAGGUAUGUGGCUUCUGAGUUGGCCACCGAUAUCGUUGUCAAUGUGGGAGACAUCAAGUUCUAUUUACACAAGUUCCCUCUCCUGUCAAAGUGCUCCCUGCUGCAAAAAUUGGUUGCUAGUGCAGAUGAUGGAAGUGAUGAAGUCCACAUUCAUGAUAUACCAGGGGGUGCCUCAGCAUUUGAAAUAUGUGCCAAGUUCUGCUAUGCUAUGACUGUUACCCUAAAUGCUUACAAUGUAGUCUCCACACGCUGUGCUGCAGAGUUUCUUGGUAUGCAUGAAACAGUUGAGAAAGGGAAUCUAGCAUACAAGGUUGAUGUUUUCUUGAGCUCUAGCAUUUUCCGAAGCUGGAAGGAUUCUAUAAUAGUUCUUCAGACUACAAAAUCUGCACUUGCUUUAGCCGAGGAACUGAAAUUGACCAGCCAUUGCAUUGAUGCUAUAGCUUCCAGGGCAUCUGCUGAUGUUUCUAAGGUGGAUUGGUCUUACACCUAUAACAGGAAAAAGCUGCCCGAGGAAAAUGGGAAUGAUCCUACCUGGAAUGGAGUCAGAACUCGUACAGUGCCUAAGGAUUGGUGGGUUGAGGACUUGUGUGAUCUGGAAAUCGACUUAUAUAAGAGGGUAAUUGUUGGUAUUAUAAAGAAAGGAAUAGUUUCUCAUGAAGUUAUUGGGGAAGCACUGAAAGCUUAUGCUGUAAGAAAGAUGCCUGGCUUUGGCAAGGGCGGCAUUCAGUUUAGUGAUGUCUCCAAGGCUCGAACUGUAUUGGAUGCCAUCGUGUGUCUUUUGCCUACAGAGAGAGGUACUGUCUCUUGUAGUUUCUUGCUGAAGUUGUUGAAAGCGUCCAUUUUGGUUGACUUGGGAGAAACAGCUAAGAAAGAACUGGUGAAAAGAAUAGGGCAGCAAUUGGAGGAAGCUUCUAUGAGCGAUCUCCUGAUUCCAUCACAAGAUGGGGAAAAAACCAUUUAUGAUGUUCAGAUCAUUCGCAAAAUACUACACGAAUUUGUGAUGCGAGAUCAGAAUGAUGUAAGUGAAUUGGAAGAUGGAGAAGAGAUAAAAGUUGCUCGGCAGCCAGGAAUCUUAUCUGAAGCUUCAAAGCUAAUGGUUGCUAAGCUGGUUGAUGCUUACCUUGCUGAAAUUGCCAAGGAUCCUCAUCUACCUGUAUCAGUUUUUGUCGAUCUUGCUGAAAUGAUUUCAAGUUUUAAUCGACCUGGUCAUGAUGGUAUUUACCGAGCAAUAGACAUGUAUCUCAAAGUACACCCUGGUGUCAGCAAGAGCGAGAGGAAGCGAAUUUGCAGGCUUAUGGACUGCAAAAAGCUAUCUGUUGAUGCGUGCAUGCAUGCUGUUCAAAAUGAGAGGCUUCCUCUUCGAGUGGUGGUCCAGGUGCUCUUCUUUGAGCAAGUUAGAGCUGCUGCAACAUCCGGAAGCAGCACCCCAGAUCUACCCAAAGCUCUUAAAGACCUUAACAGUGUCUCUCAUGGGAGUUCAAGAUCUGCUACUACUAAUACAGAAGAAGAAUGGGAUGCUGUAGCCUCAGCGGAAGAGCUCAGAGCUUUAAAAGGAGAGCUGGCGGCAUUAAGAUUGGGAAAUGGAUCCCUCAGUGAGAGAAAUGGCGGAGAUAGCAGAAGCCAUCAUGAUAAGGCUGCCGUUAACAAAAUGAAGGGUCUGCUCAUGACGAAGAAAAUCUUCUCAAAAAUCUGGUCAAGAAAGGAAGGAGGUGGAGGCCAUGGCGGCGAGAAUAGUGGUUCAGAUUCAUCGGAGAGUCUUGGUUCUACAAAUAUUAUAGAAGAAGCGAAAUCUACUCCUUCGAGAAGGGGAAGGCAUUCGGUUUCUUAGUGUGGUUGCCUGGAUCUCGGUGUAACUUUUUGAUGACAUUAGUGAGGUAAGCACUACUAGAAUUACAUCUCAUUCAAUGGAGCAAAACCUAAUUAGGGGGAAGAAAUCGAAAUUCGCCUCUCUUGACACCAAGGUAGAAGAAAGCUGUGGACCUGGAAACAAGUGAAGGGGACAUCAUCUAAAUUAGCAGUAGCAUAUCUGUUAAAAAGAAGUUAUACUGACACUAAUAGCCAUAGGGGUAAUAUGUAUCAUGCUGUCAGGAAGUAAGUUGAUUAGUGCUAUGCAAUAUUAUGGGGCUGUAUAAUUCGACAAAAACAUUUCUGCUCAGUCGCUCGUCUAGAACUCAAUUAGUUAAAGUAUCAUCAUGUGAAUUCUUCUUAGUUAGAUCUUGGUGUUUGUCAAUUAGGAUUCUUCUUAUGCAGAGUACAUUUUGUCCAAGAAGGUGAACUAAUAUAUAGAAAACUAAGCUGAUCUGAAUUUAAUUAGAAAAGGAAACACCAAGUACUGUUUAUAUAACUCUGAAAUAUGUAAGCUUGUCCAAAGGCCCAAGAAAGAAAAGACACGAGAUGGAUUGAACAAUUUCCCUUAAUGAAAAGAAAAGCCAUUUUAAUAUUUCCAUAAAUGUUUCAUCACUGCAUAACAUGACAUCAAAUGUUAG